GAGCAAUUGUCGGCCACUUUCGCGUAGAGUCGUAGAGACGUCCAUGAGCCAUGCCGGCUGGUAAUGUUGCCAAGCCCGGAAAAGCUUUGGUUCCUGGAAGAGUCCCUAAGCCACAGGUCGAACCUACGCCUGGCCCGUCAGGCCCGUCAGGCCCGUCAGGACCGUCACCUUUUGACGCCGAAGCGAACGCCUCUCCAUUUGACGUCUCUGAACCGAGGCGCCCUCAGUCUCAUGCCGCUCAUUCUGACAAAGCUCGCUUCUUCGUCAUUACAAGCAAUAGUGCUGAAAAUGUGGUGAGGUCAAUUCGACACAAUGUUUGGGCGACCCAGCGGAAGAAUGAAACCAAGCUGGAUGAAGCUUACCGAAGCGGGGACCCUGUCAUCUUGCUUUUCUCCGUGCAGCGGAGCGAAGCUUUUCAAGGUUAUGCCCAGAUGAGAAGCUCAGUGGGGCGAUCAAGACUACGAGGCCCUGAUCCCUUCAAUGGUUUCGGGCGGCUGUUCGAUGUGGAAUGGCUCAGGCUACACGAUCUGCAUUUUCGGGAGGUUCAACAUCUUCGAAACGGUGAUGCCAAGUUCACCAUGUCCCGCGAUGGUCAGGAGAUUGAGAACAGUGUGGGCCGGAGGGUGUGCUCCAUGAUCGACAAGCACAUCGAUGAACCGGACAGCUUCCCAGAGAUGCCUCCCUUUGCCACAACUUGGUCCCCGCAAAGUCCGGAAGGUGAUGGCAAAAGAAGGAAAAUUCAGCACACACUCCAUCCACUCCAUCCACCCCAUCCACUGGAAGAUGGUUUUGACAAACAGGUGGAGUUCUUCUUGGCGAUGCAGUACGAGGACUAUGUCGAAUGGUGGAAGCGUUUUGGAGCUUCCAGCCCCGGCCCGGCUCCGCCCCCGUGAUUCGCUGCAGCCUUGGAAAAA